AUGGAGACCACAAUGGCACGCUUCAGAAAGCAGGUGCUUGAAUAUUGGGCCGCCUGCAAGAGUAAGAGACGAGUCUUGAAGUGUUCAAUUGCCAGUACCGCUGCCGUCAUCGCCGUCAUGACUCCUCAAGCUGUUGCAGUCCUCGGUCCUGUAACGUUUCUCGCCCCAAUGGCCACUGUGUUUGCUCACCCGGGUCAGAGAAUGGGUCCUAUGAUAGAGGCUGUCAUAUAUGUGUUACUUGGUACAGCGCUCGGUCUCGGCUGGUCUAGCUUGGGUCUCUACUUUUCCAGUCUCAUUGUCGAUGAGAGCCGGCAAGCCGCGUAUGCUAUCCGCGGGAUAUUUCUUGCUCUGGGUGCGAUCUUCCACGGCUACCUAAGAUCGGCGAAACCUCGUCUUUUCUUGGUUGUUGCUUUCACUCUUAUUGACUGCCUAGUUGUGCUACUUGGGAGUCGAGAACGGGUAUCACUGCCCGUUGUUACGAAUGUUGCAUAUCCAACCUUGAUUGGCGUCGGCAUAUCGGUCAUAACAAACCUGGCUAUAUUUCCUGAGCCAUCGAGCAAUUUUCUUGGUGGCGCUGCUGUUAGUGCUCUCCAAGAGACAAAUGACAGUCUCAAGAAAGCUGUAGAGUGGUUCCUCACACCCGGUGGUGACCAAGAUGAAGAACCAAGCACAGAUGAAGCACCAAGCACAGCCGAAGAACUAAGCCAUACCAGUCAUACCAUGACCGCCACGGCUAAGAGCGCGCCUGAUAAACCCAAGCACAAUAAAAGCUGGUUGUCCAAAUGGACAUCUACGCUUCUAGCACCUUUCCGGGCUUCUCAACACCGCCAUCGUACUCCUACUCCUGUCGAGAUCACAACAAUAGGAUACUUGUCGACAGCCAGAAAAAGACUCCUUACUCAGCUUACAUCGUGCAAAACUGCCCAACGAGAAUCUAACUACGAAAUGAGUAUUUCAGUGCUUCCUCCGAGGGCCUUGAAGCCCCUUACCACCUCUCAGAUGAGCAAACUCGUCCAGAACAUUACCAAUAUCAUAGGAGUCUGUGAGAACAAGUCCAUCGUCCUGGAAAAUGACGACGGUUCGGAAGACGACACUACUAUAACAGCUGAUAGCUCCGAUAGUGAGCCAAGUGGAAUUAAGCGCAUGGACACUUUCGAAGAUUAUCAACAGAGACUGGAGUACGCGAAGCCUGCCAGAGAGAUCAAUCUCAGUAACGCUGUUUUGCUUGAGGCUAUGGUUGGCCGUAUCCGUGACCCUGCCCUCGAGUUGAAGGAAUCAAUCCAGAAAGCUACAGAGAAAGUCAUCGACUGUGUCGCCUACUGCUACGAUGUGCAAUCCCUGCCGUCUGCAGAUCCUACUCCUAAGGAUAUAUCUCUGCGCGAUUUGGAUCAAGAUAUCGAUCAAUUUGUGGAGGCUAUCAGCAAUUUUGAUGUCAGUUGUUCGGCAGAGCUUCGCCGGUCGAGAACAGAUGAGAACAACCGGGUCGACUUCAUGCCUCGUCUGGAAACGUUCCUAGUCUCUUCAUUCGUUCUAGGGUUGGCCGAGUCUGCAAACCAUGUUCUAGGGAUGUUACGCCAUGUUCGAAAAGUCGUCGAACAAAGACAAGCGCGGAAUAAUAGGACCACUUUUUGGUUCCCGAAAGCAAUUGACAUGCAGCAAUACUGGAAAACGGGCGGUGAGAGUGAUGGAUUUGUCCUGCCAGGAUUGGCUCGUGAGCAGAAUCGUCAGAGUAAACCAAAGAGCCGAACGCCAGCGGCCGAGAAGGAUACAAAGCAUGCGGCGCCUAAGACCACAGAUGAGGAGAAAGCAAUUCGCUUUGUCGAACCUGGUCCUCGGGGGAAACACAAAAUUGGCACUACAGACAAUCGCAGAAAGGAGAAAUCAAAGGCUGGAGGAAACAGUCGAAUUCUCAGGAUCAGAGGAAAGGCUGCCGACACUAUUGAGUGGAUGCUCGAAUCUCCUCACUUGUCUUACGCCCUUAAGCUCGCAUCCGCCAUCAUUCUUCUGAGCUGGCCAGCUUUGAUUGAUUCUUGGAACCCUUGGUACACGUCUGUCCGUGGUAUCUGGGCCCCCAUGCAAUUAUUUCUAGUUUUUGAAGUUGCUAUAGGGACAUCCGUGUAUGUCUUUGUUCAACGGCUUUGCGGAGUCCUUUUUGGCUGCGUUAUAGGUUUGGCAUCCUACGCGAUUGGGAAUGGUGACCGAGUCUGCAUGAUCUUUGUCCUCAUCGUAGGCAUCGUCCCGUCCUUCUACGUCCAGUUAAAUAAGAAGAAAUAUGUGAAGGCGGCCAUGAUCAGUACAGUUUCCAUGGUCGUAGUUGCACUCUCUGCUGCGAAUGGUAAAGGUACAGCUGUUGAGAUCUUCUACAAACGAUUUACUGCGUUCAUUAUAGGUGGCGUUGUUGCCAUGGCCGUUGAGAUGCUUGUGUUUCCGGUCAGAGCCAGGGAUCGGUUGAUUGAAAUGCUUUCAGAGUCAAUACAGCACGUGCAAAAGAUGCAUGCUGCUAUGGCUGUUGGGCUGGACAGUAUAUCAAAACCCAACUUUAGGGAUCCUGACAUUGCUAAACGCUUCAACUAUGCAAGAUCCAAAGCUCAGGAAGCACUGGUUUUAGCAGAGACAUUCCUCCCAAUGUGUUCUAGUGAACCACGUCUUAAGGCGGAUUUCCGGCCUCUUAAACCUAUUUACAGGGAGAUCAUCAUCGUGCUACGCCAGAUAGUUGAGAAGAUGGACAACAAUUUUUCACUUCGCAAGGAGUAUGGUUCUUCAAUAUUAGAAGACUUACACGCUCAAGUGCGUAUACAUCGGCGCAAGGUGGCCGCCUGUAUUGAAUUCAACCUUUACUCGGUCCACCAAGCACUUGUCACUCGGCAACCUCUGCCACAAUUCAUGCCCUCCUCUCGAGCCGCACAUUUUCAACUCAUUAGUCGCGUUCGAAAAGUUCUUGAUGAACGAAGUGGCACACAAACGCCAGCGGGUGGAGUGCCAAGUGCCUCCAGCGAGAUUGGCGAUCUAGGCGAAGAGGUAGCAAGGCUGAUUGUCCAAAAGCGAGCCCUCUCGUGGAACGCCAGUACUUUUGGCCAAGGAGAGAUCAUUGAAUAUCUCGAAGAGCUUGUGGAACUGACCAAAAUUAUUGUGGGUGUGAAUGCUUUCCGAAGUGGUCUACUUGAAAGAGCAGCGCCCUACAGCACGUACAAACAGCGGUCUCGUCUGAAUCGCAUCCCUCUGCCCCGCCAGCGUACAGCAGAUAGCGGUGGUUCUGAUGGUUCUCUACGACAAGUCCCGACAGUCUCUUCAGUGCUCGCUCCGACAGAGAGUAGAGCUACUGGCCUUCAGCGUACACAAACAAUACGCCGAGGCAGUCUUACAAAGCGGCGGUCGCAUCCGAAGGAAGAGAAGGGGAAUGCGGAGAGCGAUAGUGAGGAGGAUAUCCCCGUGAGUCUGCAGAGAGUUGGGACCAGAUUGUGUGAAAACAACGCAAUCAUGCGGAGGCGGGCUAUUGCUAUGAGCAAGGAGGGCAGCUAG